GGAACGGCCUCGUGUUUCCAUUUUUACCAUUUGGCUCAUCCAACUUUGAUAUAGUCGCCAUGUUGCGAGCUUCCCUGUUCUACCUCGAUUGUUCCACCAUACCAUUAGCCACCAACGAAUCCUCCCACGUGUUUGCGGCUUGUUCAUAAUAUUCACCCCGCGUUUCCUUCAAAAGGGGACGCUGCCUAUCUAUUCCAGUUCCUGAGCCCCACCUUUCCGGCGUACCUCCCCACCAUCCAUUCAUGCUCUGUCUUGGGUCUGGAUCGACGUGCGACGUUUGCCUCGAACCCUUUGGUAUUGAUACCAAAGCACCCUGCUCAAUUGAGUGUGGACAUGUUUUCUGCCUGAAUUGUCUCAAUCAGAUCACGCGUCUCAAGUGUCCUCUUUGCCGAAGCCGCUUUGAGCCACGGGGUUUCGUGAAGCUUCAUAUUGACGUAGAUGAUGUUCGGUCGUCGUCUCAUUUCCCUGAGCGACCACCCAGCGCUUCUCCAGCUGAGCUGGAGGCUCGACGGCUGCAGGAGGCCAUCGCGAAUAUUGCUAACGAAGGGUCGACAGAGGCGAGCCUUCGACAGCUCAUCCAGGAUUGCAAGUCCUUCCUCGCUGGGCAACCGCGUAAUCUGUUUACAGAGCUGCGGUUCAUUCAUCGAGUCGUGUCAUAUCUAUGUAACGUCAAGAGCGAUUUGCUCAAGACCAAGCGCGAACUUGCGCAUUUGGCGACGGAGAAAGCCCGAUCAGAUCAGAUGGCGGGUGAUCUCGAGGCAGACAUGAAGAGAGAUAGGAGGAAUGCACAAGCGUUGGAGGACAAUUUGCGGGAUUAUUGCAGCAAGGCUCAAGGAGCGUACUUCGGUGUUGCUGAGUGAGCCGCGUCCUCGUCUCCAACAUCCCCAUCGCUGACGUGUUCCUCUUUCGUCCCAUCAUCAGACUUUAUCUUCAUGCCGAAAGCGAGAGGACUAGGUUAAGAGACGUUUUACGUCAAUACGGUAUCCCUGAUCCUUUAUCCCAGUCUGAACAAGUCCGCAAGGCGAGCG